AGGAAUGCAUUCCUUCAUGAUAGGACAUUGGUAUAGCAACAAGUCAGCUGGAGGACUAGAUGAAAAUGAAUUGAUGUCAUUUUGUACCUUGUGAACAUGUUUAUAAAAAAUGUUUUAGCAUUGGCAAAUAAAUUGCUGAAUACAAAGUGCAGCUCAAUUGUGUGUAGCCUUUUUCUCUUGGGGCUGACUCAUGUAGCCUCUGCCACAAGCUUUCACCUCAAAGUGUGAGUGCAAACUGUAGCCGAGGCUGGUGCGCUUGAGACUUGAGUAUGGAACGCCGUUUGGGUCUUUGCGUGUCAAAAAGAUUUGCAUAAAGGUCAUUUGGACUCCGCCCACCUCCCAGGUACUGAUGACAGACGUUCACUCAACUUCUGUUUUUCCGAGGUAAAAUGAGCUGUCCAAACGGCGUUCCAUAGAGUUGUCACAUUUUCAUUUGGUACUGUGCUACAAAUAGAACAAGGGGCAGGCAGUGUUUAUCACAUUUCUUGAAAAUGCCUACAAAGGGGUUGAUUUGGGGGGGCGGAAGUUCAGAAAGGGAAGUAACUGCUUUAAAUCUUUGUACAUGUAACUAAUCUAUCAUGGGAAGUUCUACUGGUCUCUGUGUGAACGUCUACACCAGGAACUGUAGCUUUAUCCUUCUGUCAAUGAAGAUGAACAAAUACCACUUUUGGGAGCCAGUUUGCACAGCCUUUUCCCCUCCUAUUUGCUAAUCUCCCACAGAAAUCAAUACACAAACAUGAUGGAUGUCUUCUUGUCAUGGUGACAAGUUCCAAGUGCAGUUAUUGCCUUCAAUGUACGGUGUUGAGUUCUGUGUGGCGUUGGCUGGUAACCUGUUUGCCCUGAGACUCUUGGUGACCAGGGAGAGGAACAACUGGCACACUGGUGUGGUGCUGUCCUGUAACCUGGCCAUCAGUGACCUGCUCUAUGUCCUCACCCUGCCCCUGCUCAUUGUCUACUACAUGCAGGAGAACUGGUUGUUUGGGAUGGCGGUCUGUAAGAUAGAACGCUUCCUCUUCACCUGCAACCUAUAUGUCAGCAUCUACUUCAUCAUGUGUAUCAGUGUGAACCGCUAUGUGGCCAUUGUGUACCCCUUCUUCAGCCGGAACCAUGUGAACCCCGCCAAAGCCAAGGCUGCCAGUGUCGUCAUCUGGAUCUUUGUGACAGCCAUCUCCUCUCCUGUGCUGAAGUUUGCCUCCACAUGUCCAGAGGGAAGCAACAAAACCCGUUGUGUAUCCUACUCCUAUUGCACCAACAGUGAUGCAGUUGCAGUUGCAUACACUCACUUGUAUUACAAAGUCUUUCUGUCUGUGGCUAGGUGUUUUAUUCCCUUCCUGGUCACAUUUGCAUCAUACUGCGCAGUGUUGAGGGGGGUGUGGAGGAAUGUAAAUAUUACCUCCCUGGAGAAAUGGAAGGUGGCCCUGAUGGUGUUUGCGGUGGUUGUGCUGUAUGCCAUUUCCUUUGUGCCUUAUCACCUCCUCCAGAGCUACUAUUUCUUCCGCAAGGUUGACGAACUUGGCUCUGUCUGUGACUGGGUGUACAAGGCCUACCAGGUGUCCAAGGGACUGGCUACACUGAACAUGUGCAUCCAUCCACUGCUCUACAUGGCUGUGUUUGAUAACAUCAGAGUGGCCUGCUGUGGAAGGAGAUCAGCAGAUAUGGCAAUGAAUAAUACAUUAACAAAAUCAUGCUCUCUCUGCUCUUUGGAUGCCUGCACUUAUGGUGUUUCUGAUAAGCAAGUGUUACCCCGUAAUGGGUCUGCGGUCAAAUGCUCCCUAAAACACUUCAGCGAGCAGGCCUUUCUAAUCGACCUGGCCCGGGUAUCCUGGAAGGAUAUUGACAUCAUCCCGUCAGUAGAGGAUGCCUUGUUAUUCUUUAAAAGUGCCUUCCUCACCAUCUUAAAUAAGCAUGCCCCAUUCAAAAAAUGUUGAACCAGGAACAGAUAUAGCCCUUGGUUCACUCCAGACCU